UUUGAGGGAGGAAGCACCGACCUGAGCUGAGCGCGCGGCGCACUUCGGGUCCCCCAUGUAAAAUGCAUAGCUCCAGGGGAGGGCGAGCCAGCGCGCGCGUUACUGGAGCGGAUGAACGAGUGGGAUGAGGAGGCUGGAGACCCACAGGCUCACGCUCGCGCUUGACUUUGAUAGAAGACUCUUCACCUGAAGAAAGAAAGUAAAGUAAACACAGACAGACCCCCUUCAGUCAUGGGGAGGAGAGGAGCAGCGCAGAGCGGCGACGAGUUCAGCUUCGUCAGCCCGGUUGUGAAGUACCUGCUCUUCUUCUUCAACAUGAUCUUCUGGAUGAUCUCAAUGGUGCUGAUGUCCAUCGGUGUGUACGCCAGGGUGAUUAAACAUGAGACAGCUAUGGCCUGUUUGACGGUGGACCCCUCCAUCCUGCUGAUGGUUGUUGGAGUUCUCAUGUUCUUCAUCACUUUCUGUGGCUGCGUGGGCUCUCUCAGAGAAAACAUCUGCCUUCUGCAGACGUUCUGCAUCUUCUUGACGAUCAUCUUUCUGCUGCAGUUGGUUGCUGGAGUUUUGGGCUUUGUGUUCUCAGACAAGGUUCGCCAUAAAGUGACAGAAAUGAUUAACAACGCAAUCGAGCAUUACAGAGAUGACCUGGACCUGCAAAACCUCAUUGACUAUGGACAAAAAGAGUUUGCCUGCUGUGGUGGCAUGUCUUACAAGGACUGGUCAACGAACGUAUAUUUUAACUGCACUGAGGACAACCCGAGCAGAGAGCGCUGUUCCGUGCCCUUCUCCUGCUGUCUGAUCUCUAAAGAGGAGAGAGUUAUAAACACCAUGUGUGGGCACAUGAUGCAGGACUUAGAUCACGCUAAAGCCAGUGGCUUCAUCCACACCAGCGGCUGCAUUGACAAGCUGGUCAACUGGAUCCACAGCAACCUGUUUCUGCUGGGGGGUAUAGCACUGGGCCUGGCCAUCCCUCAGCUGGUGGGGAUUCUGCUCUCCCAGGUCCUGAUUAACCAGAUCCAGGACCAGAUUAAACUCCAGGAUUACAACAUGCAGCACCGCUCAGACCCAUGGAGCUGAGCCUGUAGAGCCACUGAAGACUUCUGGAGCAAAGCACAACUAUAUCUAUAGACACAGAGCUGAUACCUCAUCAACGUCAAUCCACUGUGCUGUCAGCUUCAGCUAAAUACAUAUCUCCAAAAUGGUACAUUUACUGGAUAUGAAUAAAUGGGAGAAUUCAACUCAUUUUUCAAAAUGUCUUCAUAGUUCAUUUGUUGAGGUGUAAACGAAGUAAUUCAGAGUGGUUUGAUGUGAAAUGGUUCAUUGUAGAGAAACAAACCAGCUCAGAUGUCUUUACAGUGGUGGUGAUAGGAACCAGGGGUUGCAAUGUCUAAAAAAAAACAUAUGCAGCCAUUUUAUUUACUACCCAAAACCACCAGUCAACCUACAUGCAGUGGUGGACGAAGUACACAAAUCAUCUACUUGAGUUAAAGUAAAGAUACCCAAGGUAAAAUAUUACUCCAGUAAAAGUAGAAGUUCC